CUGCAGCCCCUUGCGGGCCUUCCUGCUGCAAGGCGCGCUGGAGGACGCACGGCUUGGCGGGAAGGCGAGGGGACCGUGCGGAGCCUCCGGUGCUGGCGGUGGUCACGAGUGGGAGCCGGGGUCCGGCCGCAGCACGCGGAACAGAACAGAAGGUGGCGGGGCCCGGCGAAGCCACGAUGAAGCCGAGCAGCGAGGAAGAGGAGGAGUUGGUGCAGGGCGUGGGCCCCUGGGACGAGUGCUUCGAGGUGGCGGUGCAGUUGGCGCUGCGUGCGGGACAAAUCAUCAGAAAGGCCCUAACUGAGGAAAAACGCGUCUCGACAAAAACAUCAGCCGCAGAUCUUGUGACAGAAACAGAUCACCGAGUAGAAGAUUUAAUUGUUUCUGAGCUACGAAAGCGGUUUCCUUCACACAGGUUCAUUGCAGAAGAGGCCACAGCCUCCGGGGCCAAGUGUGUGCUCACCCACAGCCCGACCUGGAUCAUCGACCCCAUCGACGGCACCUGCAACUUCGUGCACAGAUUCCCAACUGUGGCAGUUAGCAUCGGAUUUGCUGUUCACCAGGAGCUGGAAUUCGGAGUGAUUCACCACUGCACAGAGGAGCGGCUGUACACCGGCAGGAGGGGCCAGGGUGCCUUUUGCAAUGGCCAGCGGCUCCAGGUCUCCAGGGAGACAGAUCUUGCAAAGGCCUUGGUUCUGACAGAAAUCGGGCCCAAACGUGACCCUGAUACUCUGAAAGUAUUCCUGAGCAACAUGGAGAGGCUGCUGCACGCCAAGGCUCACGGGGUCCGAGUAAUUGGCAGCUCUACCCUGGCCCUCUGCUACCUGGCCUCAGGUGCUGCUGAUGCCUACUACCAGUUUGGCCUUCACUGCUGGGACCUGGCAGCUGCCACAGUCAUCAUCAGAGAAGCAGGUGGCAUUGUGAUUGACACCUCAGGUGGACCCCUUGACCUCAUGUCAUGCAGAGUCGUGGCUGCUGGCACCAGAGAGAUGGCAGUGCUCAUAGCUCAGGCCCUACAAACUAUUAACUACGGCCGGGAUGAUGAGAAGUGAGCCGCACACACAGCUCGCCGCACACACAGCUCAGAAGCUGAAAUGCAGCAGCAGCCUGGGAAAGAGCUGUCCCAGUGUCUUGAACCCUGGGACAGUCUACCACAGCUCUACCCGGGCCUCGGUGCUUAGCUGAUCCUCUCUAAUCUCCUGUAGCCCCUUUCCAGGUCGGUACAUGUUCUUUCACCAGAGCCAAACCCAAAUCUUGUGAGGUGCGUGUUAGUCAUCCAUCCUGAUUGUCUGUCCAGAAUGCAAAUCUCAGGUAAUAAAGCUUUAGAACGUGCUCUCAGGCCCGCUCCCCUGCCCAUGGUAAUACAGAAUGCAAUAAAUCAGAAUUCUAGUGGUC